AUGGCCUGCUCAGCCUCCACUUCAUCUCUUUCAGAGUCUUCCGACUUCACCAAUGCGCCCGGCGGCAACUUGCGCUUCCUGUCUUGCAACGGCGAUCAAGUCCUGUUGCUCACCGAGUCCGUUAUCGAGGCCUCGGACCCAGCACCGUUGUCCUUUUCCCUCGCCUCAGAACGUCUUACAAGGAGCCAGACGAACGCCUCUUCAGACGGCACCGCAAGAGAUCGACCAACUACUCCACCGUCAUCACCGCCUCCGUUGGUCUUUCAGAAACCACUGCCACCAGAGCCGACACAUCAAGACGCUACUGCCUUCGCCAACGCCGCCGGUACAAACGUUGCUGACAAAGCCUCAUUCAGAUGGCCCUACAACUGGCUCAUGUCCGCGUUCAGACCAGACGCUGGGAAAGAGGCUACACAGCAGCGUAUGCAAACUAGUCAAGAUACUCAACAGGGCCUACUUUUCACCUCCACCUCCUCCUCAUCCGCCUCCACCUCCUCCUCCCGAUCUGCACCUUUUUCGGCCGACCUGCCAAACGGUAAGUCAGAGUUUGGCCUGGGCUCUCCCUACGAAUCUGGCCUCACACCCGUCGGUGACAACGACCAGCCUCCGACUCCGGUAGCCAUUGCGUUGGCCAGCAAAAUUAUCGCCGCCGCAAAACCUUCGGCUGAGGGGUCUCGACGCCGACCACAUGACUCUAGCGACAUGAUCGGUCGCCCAAGCCUUUGCGCCAAACAGACACUGGAAGCCGUUUACGGGUAUAACCAUAAGGUACCCCACACUCUGGUGAUCAGCCGACAAGACGAUGCUCCGAUGUCCGGCGCCGAAUUCGAGAGACGAACGAGAUGGAAUCGAUGA